AUGUCAGCCCAAAUGGGCGGAUGGAUUUGUUCCUUCUUUUUCCUCUUCUGUGCUGCUUCUCUGCCCAUGCUGGGAAAAGCCAGUCUGCUGCAGGAGCUGGGCCCCCAGGAGUAUUUCAGCAGACUGCAAGCUGGCAGGGCAUCGCUGGCGUUUUUCAGCCGCAAUGUUUCUCCCAGUGCCCAGCCCUUCCUGGAACAGAUUGAGAACUCCGUUGAAGCGCUCCAGGACUAUGGGAUUUCGGUGGUGAAGGUUAACUGUCCCAAAGAAGAUGUCUCAAGAUACUGUGGGAAGGAAAAUGCAUUAAGGAAAGCCUACCUGUUCAGAGGUAACAUACUCCUCAGAGAAUUCCCUACUGAUGCCUUGUUUGACGUGAACUCCAUUGUUGCCAAUGUUCUGUUUGCCCUGCUCUUUAAUGAAGUUAAAUAUGUUGAAACAAUGGCAGAUCUUCAGAACAUAGAAAACUCACUGAAAGGGAGGUCAAACAUGGUCUUCGCAUAUGUACCAGCUACUGGGACAGCAGAGCACAGAGCUGUGAUGGAGGCGGCUUUCGUCUAUGGGACUGCCCACCAGUUCGUUCUGACAACAGAGGCAAUGCUGAUGAAAGACCCUGGCAGUGAUGACCCUGACGUGUCUUCUGCCCAGCUGCUCUUCUGCCAUUGCCAGCGGGCCCUGGAGCUGGCGCAGCCCUGCAGGAGGACGCCCAUGGAGCGGCCUCUGACACUGCUGAACAUCCACAGACACCUCAAGCUCAUGGGGGCUCCCCUCGUGACAGAAGUUGCUGAGGAUCCAGAGAAGGUCUCCACUGUUCACUUACAGCUUGGCCUGCCCCUUGUGUUCAUCCUCAGCCAGAAAGAGACCUAUGAAGCAGACAGGAGAACAGCAGAAUUUGUGGCCUGGCAGCUCUUGGGGAAAGCAGGAGUUGCCAUUUUGCCCAGGGAUGCUGUGGAUUUGAACGUCCUGCUCCGGUCCAACGUCGCUCUCAAGACGCCAGAUGAGGGUGUGCCAAUCAAAUACCUCGUUUUGGAAGACACUGAUGAAGUUAUAACCCUAGUGGAAGAUAAGAGCAAGCUUGAACAAAUCCAGGAGGAUGAAGAUGAGGAAGAAGAGGAUGAAAAAGAGAAUGAUAAUCAAGACAUCCAAGAUGAUCAGGUGGUGGAAGCCGUUUCCAGGGACAGGAAGCGAGAGCUGCCCCUGGAGCAGAUCCUCACGCUGACGGAGGAGACCUUUCCCUCGGCCAUGCUGGAGCCUGCCCGGGUGGUGGUGCUCUUUUAUGCCAGCUGGGAGGCCGUGUCCCUGGCAGUGCUGCGCUCCUACGUGGAGGUUUCUGAUCACCUGAAAGGAACUCAGGGGGUUUUGCUCUCUAAAGUAAACUGCUGGGACUGGCCUGGAGUUUGCACGAAGGAGAACAUCACUCAGUUUCCUACCAUCAGGAUUUACAAAAACGGAGGGCGAGCACUGACCUACAACGGCAUGUUGGGAUCGGAGGAGCUGGCCAGUUUCAUUGUAUUGAGCCAAGUUUCCUGCCCUCUGAAGCUGGCCACAGUUGAGGAAGCAGAAGGCUAUUUAAGAGGAGAGCUGCCACCUGAGCUUUCAUCCUAUCACCACGCUUCGGUUCUAGGAGUAUUUAGCAAAGCCACGAGUGUAGCCAGGGAAGCAUUCAUGGAGGCAGGAAACAUCUUAAGUGGCCACGUAACAUUGGGAAUGUAUUUUGAAGAUGAUGCCUUGGCUUUGUCCCGUAAAUACGCGGUGUCUCCUCCAGCCCUGCUCCUCGCCAGGAGCAGAGAUGGGAGCGUGGAAGGCAUUGCUCUGUCCAAACAGAGCGCGCAGGACAUUGUGCAGAUGAUCAGAUACGAAUUGCUGGACACAUUUCCAGAAAUUACGGUGCAAAAUCUUCCUCACUACUUGCAACUCAGAAGGCCCUUCCUCAUCAUGUUUAGCAAUGGUGACAUCGGGCAGACGGAAAACGAGGAAAUGCUGAAGCUGGCAAAAAGAAGACCUCAGCAAGCAUUCGUGACAUGCUGGUUGAACUUGAAGAACACCCCUGUAGGCCACGGGAUCCUGAAGGCCUAUUUUGCCACCUUGCCUUCAUUGCCUGUUCUCGUCUGGGUGAACCUUCACGCGGGAGGUCAGGUAUUCAGCUUUCCACCUGGCCAGCCCAUCACUGAAACAAACGUCUUGUCUUGGCUGGAGAAGCUAAAAGCAGGAUUGGAGAUUCCCAGCAGUACCUUAUCUGAAGCAGACUGGAAGCCACCUCUUCCUGCUUACAACUUCCUCCAGAUGAUGGAGACGACAGUGCCCGAGUUCACCCUUCACCCCUCGUUCAGCCACGGGGAGCCGCGGGAGCCGCAGCCACCAGGAAGCUCUGAGGAGAAAGCCCCAGUCGGAGAGGAACAGCCCGAGGAGCCCGGGGUGACAGCAGAGAAGGGCCAGUCCCCUGGGAGGGACCUGCGAGGGACAGCCCCGAGGCUGGCAGGGAGGGAAAAGAGACACAGUGAGCUCUGAGAGCUGGAGAUCCCCCUCUGGAAAU